UGUUUUAUAAUUAUCACUAUAUAAAUCAUCCAACAUAUACGUCAAAGUGACGUGACGAGCGAACAUCAUUUUUGGUCGAUUCCGAGCUUGAAUAUUUCAUUAGUGCCGAAACUUAGCUAUUCUGUAAGUAGUUUUAGGUAUAUGAAGUCUGAGCAGGAGCCCCGCAACAUAUAUGAGUGUCUCCCAAGGGGGCUUGCCCCCUGGAAAGAAAAGGAAGGAAUCGAAGGAUUCACUGGAUGCAAUUAUUGAAGAUAAUUCCCAGGAUUACCUAUAAAAUGAUCGUGGAAGAAUCAGGGUUCUUGCAUGUGUUAGAAAAUAAAGCACAUGUAAUGGCAGAUCGUGGAUUUAAACACAUUGAUGAACUUUUAAUGCCAAAAAGUAACAUGUUAAUUAGACCACCAUCAGUUUCGAUAAAAAAUAAAAAUUCAAAGCAGGAUGUCAAACAUUCCAAAAGGAUUGCAAGUCUGCGAAUUCACAUCGAAAGAGUCAUAUCAAGAAUACGAGAAUAUGCCGUCUUAGAGCCCCAUGCUUGUGUUCACUCGAGUUUACUAUAAUAUUUGGAUAACAUUGUAAUAGUAGCAUGUGCUUUGAUAAAUGUACAGUAUUAUUUACUAAAGUGAAAC